AUGGAAGAAGUUGCGGUUCGGACUCGUCAGUCGUUAGCAGAACUGAAACAAGAAAUAACAACAAGAUACUCCGAAACGAAACAACAAACGGACCAGUUAGAAAAUAACUUAAUGAACAUGGAGCAAAAGUUUGCAGAUUUCUCAAUGAAAACCAUCACUAUGUUACAGAACGUAUGUACAACACUUCUAGAUCCACAAGGUUCACAAAGUAACAAAUGGAAAGCCCACUGGCAGGAACAACCCUCAAAACAAUCGCAAACUGAAUCACAAGGCAAAGUGCUUCUUGACAUGGCUUGUAAAUCGCUUACGCAAGGUGAAGUAGGCCAGGUUGAUUUCAAACUGUUAGGUGCAACGUAUACUGAUUUUAAUUAUUUCUGCCAACCUGGUGAAAAUGCGCAUAGUGGAGUAUUGUUCCCGUGGAAUGACCUAUCUGCAUCUACCACCAACCGCUGUAUGAUUAUGGGAGACUUCAACAUUGAUCUUGAACAAGAUGGAGAUAAAGCCAAAGAAAUUUUCGAAUGGAUGGAUAAUUGCUCGCUGGGUCCAGUAAUACCUAAUACAAACACCUCUCUUAGAUUGGACCGCAUGAUCGACUAUGCAAUAGCAGCUGAAAUAGAUUUAACAGUUCAAACAUAUGAAGGCUUUACAACGAGUGAUCAUAAACCCCUAUUGCUGGUGUGUACAGGUGAUGUGGUGGAGAAUGUGGAAGGAUCUCGCACAAGGUGGAAGGUCUUCUCAUCUAUGCUAUCGUACACUACCGACUACUGGGAAAAUAGAUGGGAGCAGGAACUUACAAACGAUACCUACGAAAGUUUCGUCUCAUUUCUAUCUCCCCUGGUACACAGAUGCAAACACUACUUUCCGCGCAACCAUACUAGGUCAUCAAUUCCACCCGAUUUAGUUAGUCUAUUAGCAACAAGUCGAUCUCUGUCGUUCAAGGCAAAACAGAAAGGUGACGUACGAUUACGAGAAGAAGCCCAUCGCAUUCGCAAUAUAGCACGACACCAACUGAAGGAGCAUCUUGAACGAAGAAACUUAGCAACGGAAAUCUCUAUGGUAUUUUGGAGUAAAACAAAACGGCACUUUAGAACGGUGUCGUCCUCAUUAAAAGGUUUCAUCUCUCCAAGUGGAGAUGUAAUCAAAGAGCCCCAAAGGAUGGCUGAUAUAGCUGCAGAUUACUACAAAGAUAUUUUAAGGAACCAAUCGUAA